CGAGACACACACGCACACAUUGUCAAGAACAGCGUGCUUGCAGCCCUCGCCAACAACAAUGUUCCGAAUGCUGCUGGUUGCCCUGCUUGUCACUGGAGGACUCGCUCAAUCUCAAGAUACGGUGGUGCUGCAGCAGGCAAAUGCCACGGUGGACAAGUAUUGUUCGGUGGCAUUGUCCGAGCUUGAUGUGGAAGGAGCCCGCCAGGAUCUGGAGACAGGUGCUGGUGAGGACAAUGUCAUCUACCAAGCCAUUGUGAAUGCCGGCCUUGCGGUGCAAGAAGGCCAGACACCCGAGGAGCUCACAGAGGUCCUGCAGCAGGUCGCUGACCCGGGCUUUGUGGCGGGCAAGGCGUUUGCCAUCGUGCUCUCCAUCGUCCUUUUUGUGAUGUGGGUCCUGUGCUGCUGGUUUGUGUGCUGCCCGUGCUUCUGCAGGGUAUGCUGCUGCUGCUGCCAGAAGCCCACAGACCUGGGGAAAUCGAGGAUUUGCCAGGCCAUUCUGUGGCUCAUUUUCAUCUCCAUCGGGAUCGCUGCCGUGAUUCUGGUCUCGUUGAGCUUGAGGGGGUACACCAACAUCGACGAGGGCAUUCAGGGCACCGCCUGCUCGGCGGCACAGCUCGUCAAGGACGGCGUGGGCGGCAGCACCGAGCUGAACUUCAUCGGUCUGCUCCCGGCCAUCAACGAGCUUGAGCGCUUGGCCAACACCUUGAACGCAGGCUCAUCGUUCAUGACCACCUUGGACAACAUCGUGGCAUCAACGUCUGAGAUUGACAGGGCCGUGGCGCUUGUGAGCGGCACCUUGCAGCGCAUGCAGGACUAUGUGAGCGAUCCGGUGAAUCAAGAACCCACUGGCUACAUGCACGAGUGCACAGUGUGCGCCCCCCUGGCUACCUCGCUGGUGCCUGUGCUUAGCGCCUUCAACGGCGGUGUGGGUAACGCCCUGAGUUCGACACGAGCAGAGGUUGCGCAGCAGCUGCAGGGCCCGGGGCUCGCGGACAUGCGCAGCUCCAUCCAGGAGGCCAUGUCGCCCAUUCGCGAAGCGAAGACGCAGAUCCUGGAUACGGUGGGCUUCUUCGUGAAGCCUGAUGGCUUCCAGAAGGAGACCGAGAUUGUGAACGGCGACAACUCCGCGCUUCAGCCGUCCAUCUUGGCACUCUUCGCGAUCUACCUGCUCAUCUUCUUUGCCGGUUUCUGCGCUCUGGGCGGCUUCUGCGCGAAGCACAAGGGCAAGUCAGAGAAGGAUCACUGCUGCGUGCGCUUCUCUAUGGGAUGCAGCAUGUGCAGUGCUUGCAUUUACUCCAUGGUCGUGCUGAUGAUUGGUGGCAUCAUGGUGAUUGUUGCAAUGGUGGGAAGCGGAACAUGCCUGGUGCUGCUCGACUUCAACCAGGAAAUGGGCGAGAGCCUGAUGGCAGCUUUGGGUCAAGAGGUGGAUCCCACCUUGCAGAUGGCCCUAACCAUCGCCGACAGGUGCCUGUCGCUGGAGUCCACCACCACGAGUGCCAACGCCACCCGGAACCUUGCGGACAUCAUCAAGAUCCCUUCCACAAGCAACGCGAGCCAGAUGACUACCGUGCGCGAAACCCUCAUCGACUUGGCCAUUGUGCCCAUCAACGAGCAGUUUGACGCGCUCCAGGUGGCUUUGAACAGCGAGCCGCCAGCGCUGGCAACCAACACUGAGUUGACGGCCCUCCGCAGCAUGGUGGCAGCGCUUGACAUGAAGGCCUUGUACUGGCCAAAAUCGAGCGCCGUUGCGGCAGACAGCACUUACUCAGCCAUGCUGCAAGCCUACGAGCUGGUGUCCCUGAGCUGCGGCAACACCACCCUGAGCACCGCCCUGCCGAGCCCCCUGGGCGGCGUUCAGGUGGCCGGCAUGGAUGCCAUGGUCAGGGAUGGCUUCACGCUAGAGGGCAACGCAGUGCCUCCUGUGGGAGACUUCACCAGUGCAAUGGUGUGGACAUGCCCAACAACACUCACAGCCACCUGUGACGUGUCUCUGACAACACAGGAGCAAGACGCCUGCAAUGCCGCCAAGAACUUUGUGGUGGAUAAGAAGUUGGCUUUGGUGAAUUCCCCGUCUGCGUUCAAGUGCAAGUACAUGCAGAAGCCCGGCUUCCCGGCGAACACGCCCUGCAAACCGGGCGACAUGACCCAGGAUGGCAGUGGCAAUUGGCAGAACGUUUGUGCGGACAGCAACAACCAAGUCACCUUCUUCGAGCAGACUUGCAGCCUUGCCGAGUACCAGAUGAACCUGCAGGACAUGGAUGCCGAUAUGCUGAAGGCGUUCCAGUACUUGGACUCGACGGUGGCAAGGGUGCUGACGGCAGUCUCCGUUAACUUGGAGCAGGCCGUGCGUGUGGAGGUGAUCUCUCCUUUGCUGAAUUUGCUCAGCUCGUUCGACUGCACCUUCAUGAGGAACUUCUGGGAGGGCUUGACGAGCGCCAUGUGCUACCGCUCCAUGAACGGCUUCCGCAUGAUUGCCAACAGCUACGUGUGGGUUGCCAUCCUGAGCCUGAUCAUCGGCUUGUUGCUGUACGUCCCCUGGAAGUUCUCGAGGGACAACUAUGACGGCCUUCUGCGUGAGGAAGCGCCGGCUAUGCAGGAAUCCUUGUGAGGCGGCUCUUCUCAGACGUGACGCUUGCGGACGCUUGCGGCAAGACCGGCUGUUCGGUCUGUGUGAGGUCUACGUGGGCUUAAUUGUUUCAGAUGUGGCCAGACUGCCACUACCGUGUCAAGACUUGAUGCGGCGCGCUGGGAUCGGCACAUCGAUUCUAGGG